CUUUGUUUCCUUCUCAUCCAGCCAAAGUCCUUCCUGUUGUGCAGACUCAGCUUCUGAUCCUUGGGGGAAAUCCUGUUCUCGUGACAUUUCUUCACUUUAAUCAGCAGACUUCUAGGGGCUUGACUUGUGGCGCAGCAGAGGCCGAGUGGCUCAUUCUGGUCCCCCUGGCUUCCCACCUGACCUUCUGAUAAGCAUUUUGCUGUGUCUCUUCCUGUUGCUAGCAUGGAUUGUCCCAGAUGGCUGUCCGUCUUCCUCCUCCAUAGCCUGUUUGCCACCAUCCAGCUGUGUGAAAUCCCCAGUGGCAGGACUCAUCACAUCAAGUCUUUGAACAAGGGGCUACUGAAACUAACAGAGGAUGCGUCCAAAGAGCCAAACCCCAGCGUGUAUUUGGGCCUUCGUCUUUCUGAUUACCACAUUCAAGAGAGAGAAAACCAGUACCUCCAGCGACUGAAGGAUGUCUUCCAGCCCAGUUUCACCAGCAUUCCAACUCCAGCCAGUGGCCAGGAGCAGCCCAAUACGGGCCAGCUGGCCCUCUACCUCUUAGCACUGCGGGCUGCCUGCCAGAACAUGGAGACACCCUCGGAGAGGCAGCUAGUAACCCAGCUUAAGUUACACCUGCAUAAAGAAAAGGCAUCUAUAGUAGCUCAUGAGAAGAAUGGUCGGCCUCUCACUAACUACUACCAGUACGGAUUGGGGGUUUUGGCUUUGUGUGUCCACAACAAGAAGGUCGAUGUGCAUGUGAUCAAUAAGCUCUUGGCUGCAGAGAAGCAGGGCAGAUUUGAGCAUGGAAGCCAGCUGUUUGUGGACACAGAAGCGAUGGCCGGUUUAGCCUUUGUCUGCUUGGAAAGAGCCACCUUCUAUACACCUGAGCUAGUGGCAGAGCUCAGCCAGGCAGUCCAAAGAGUGAAGAAGAAGAUCCUCCAGGCUCAGACUCCCGAUGGGACUUUUGGGAACAUCUACAGCAGCCCCCUGGCAGUGCAGUUUCUCAUUGCGGCGGGGGUGAGGAACAAGGAGCCAGAGUGCCCCAACGGUAUGGCCGCCCUGCUUGGGAAGCUGGAGGAAGGCAUCUUCCAAAACCCCCUUGUCGGAUCCCAGUUGCUACCCGUCUUACAUGGCAAGAGCUAUGUGGACAUCGCCAGGAUGGAGUGCCACACUGAGGAAGACAAUUUGGUGCUGGGCACUUCUGCUCCAGAGCCUAGGGUGACCUACCAGGAUAAAAAGAUCACCAUCCACCUGACUGUGAAACGCCCACCACAUCGUCUGCCACUGUACAAUGAAGUCAUCCGAGUUCCUGCUGGCUCCUCCUUGCUAGAUGUUCUGAAAGCUGCUGAGAAGCGGAGUUCCAAGCCAUUCUCGUUUGAGACUCAGGAGACCCUCUCUGGCCCGAUGCUUACUUCAGUGAUGGGGGUGAAACCGAGACAAGGAGAACGCAAAUACUGGAAAAUUAUCCAAUUCCCACACACCACUGUGGAGCAGGGUAUUGCUGACUAUAUCCCACAAGAUGAAGAAUCCAUCAUCUUAAGAUUCACCCCUUGGUAGAGGGAGGCCUCGUUCUAAUGACAUCUUCUCAGCUGGCAGCCCCAGCCACAGGGAUGUGUGUUAUGCUGCCACUGAAGCGUAUUCUCUACAUCAUCUCUUGAGGUUCUAAGCUUUCUCUCGCUUGCACUAAACGCCGUUCACCUUGAACCCCAAAUGAUGUUUCUUCUGAUGCAACUUAAUUCUUAUGCAACGGAUUGCUCAGACCAUGCUUGGAGUGAAAUUUAACAAGCAGUGGAGAGAUGCAUCUGCACCCUGGCUUCACUCAUUGCCACUGGAGCUGAGUGCACAAUUCAACAGUGUAUUCCUAGAUCUCUCACAGGAUUAAAGAAGACGGUACCUCAUUUGGUGCUGCAGAGGAUCUGAGUAAGUGUUUCCUGAGCCUUUGCUGAUUUGUGGGCAGCCCUAAAGUAGUGCUUUCUGAAGAGACCUCGUGGGUUGCUUAGUGCCAAAUGUAUGGUUUUUUAAAAUCCUAUGCAAUGACUAUCAAAUCUCAAGACUGUCAAAAUAAGAGAGUGAGCUUUUAAAGAAUAGCAAUAAAUGUCUUUUUUCUCCCCUUCCCUCCUUCUGGCUUUUGCAUCCCUUUAAAGACUGCAAUCCUCAUCAGAAGAGGCAGCCUGCCUGGUGGUCAGGUGCUUUGGUUGCAGUGUUAUGCAGCAGCAAAGAUUUGUGUCAGGAUGGGGUAGAUGGCACCACCCCUUUUCCAUCUGAGGAGGAAGCUUAUGGGGUGAGACUUUCACAUGAAAAAAUUGGUGACCUCUCUAAAAAACUGGACCAUUUCUGGUCAUCCAGUCAGUAUGCGAGAAAACCAGAAGAGCAGCUGAGAAUUUGCUUGAAUAUUUAGUUAUCAACUGAAUUAUCUUUCUUUUGUCUGAUGGAAGUAUGUGCUUUUAAAAAUUCAGGGGUUUGGGGGGUAAGCAUAAAUAGUUAUGUGAAAAUACUUGUUUUCCAGUUAACUCAAAUAACUUGUUUGGAUUUUAAAAAAUAAUGGAUUCUUUGCUAAAAUCUUACCAUUGUAUGUAAUGCUGAACCAGGAUGUGUAGUGUGGAUCAAAAAUUCCCAUAAUGGAGCUGAGAAGGGGGCAUGUCUACAAACCUGAGGGAGGCCCCUGAUUGCUGAAAAAUUUGCAACUGAAAAUUUUAAAAAGACACGGUUUAUAUCUCCUCUCCCAAAAAAUUACAGCAGCAGUUUCUAUAACUUUAAGAAAGGAAUGCACACAAAGAUCUUCAAAGACUAUGUGCUGAGAUCUCAGUGGCCAUUGCAGAGGUUACUAGAUAACCACAAUACUGCCUAGCCUUCCACAUCUAGUCCUGAAAAGCAGUCCUGAGCACUCCCAUGCCAAGUGCCUGAUGGAGGGAUGGCUUGUCUGAGGGGCCGAGCCUGGCAGCAGCCACUACAUAACUCACUACCAAUGUUCUCUCUAAGCUGUGGAGUCUUGUGAGCAGGGAUUCUACUUUGUGAGCUACUGCAUAAAUUAGUUUGCUCUGGAGCCAUUUUUCAUGAGCUAAGUCAAAAAUGUGCAAGCCAGAGGCUAAAAACCCUUCAAGCUACCUCACACUAACUCAGCUUCGAGGGAACACUGCUCACCACUCUGCAACUUAUACAUCUUGCUUGGGCCCAGCAGCAGCUGUGUGAUUCAUGUAACUGGCCCAGCUGGGCCUGGUGGUGGCCACUUCAUCACUAAGAAAGGCAACUUGCUGCUGUACAACCUACAGAAUGAGACUAGGCCAACUGGCAGCAACAGAGACUCAUCUGGUGACUUGCUGCUGUGCAAGCUGUGUGACUUUGCCAGCCUGACAAUGGCCACUACACAGCUUACACAGGUGACUCGCUACUAGGAAUGAAUGCUUGGAUACAUCCAGUCUGAAUAUAUCCCCCAAAAUCUUAUCAGUAUUUUUUGGGUAUAUUUGGGAUUCAGAUGGAAGAAGAAGAAGAAGAUAUUGGAUUUAUAUCCCGCCCUCCACUCCGAAGAGUCUCAGAGCGGCUCACAAUCUUCUUUACCUUCCUCCUCCACAACAGACACCCUAUGAGGUGGGUGAGGCUGGAGGGGACUCUCACAGCAGCCGUCCUUUCAAGGACAACCUCUGCCAGAGCUAUGGCUGACCCAAGGCUAUGCUAGCAGGUGCAAGUAGAGGAGUGGGGAAUCACACCCAGUUCUCCCAGAUAAGAGUCUGCACACUUAACCACUACACCAAACUGGGAAUCUUGGCAAUACCUAUAUCCCAAUCCCAAAUGUUCCUGGGAAUAUUUGGGAAUAUGCAGGAAUAGAUGGGGCCAGCAUUUUAAAGCUCCAAAAUUGGGGAGGGGUGGGAUGGUACUUUUUGCAGGUUUCCUGGGCAAUAGGAAAGGGUAGGGGAGAGGCAACUGUCACAUGGAAAUGCAGUCAUAUGUCAAGAGGAGCUUGCCAGGUUGGCUCUGCUGGGAUUUUUUGGUUUGACAUUGGUUCUGUUGGAUUAGAAAUACUGUCUCUUUGCUUGUUCCAAUUAGUUUGCUUUUCCAUUGUGGGAUGGUCUGCCUGAGGAAGUCAGGAAGGCUCCCAUGCUCCUGGCUUUCUGUAAACUGUGCAAAUUGAAUUACUCGGGAGGGCUUUUGUACACUGACAAUGGGGUAGCACUGUACAAAAGGAAUCACAAAGAUACAUGGACAAAUUAUUAGAGACUGUACUGUGCAAAUUGCUGUAAUUUGGGCCCUGCAAAUUUUGCAUAAUUUACUGUGUCAUGUUAACAUGUUUAUGCUUCGCCUCAGUUUUGUUUUUUAGACUUUUGGUUCAUUCUGCAACCCAAAUCCUGUUUCAUUAUUUACUGACUGUGCCAUGCUGUUGAUUGUAUUGACUCACUCUGUAAUCUGCCUUGAGUUCCAAUGAGAAAGGUGGACUAUAAAUAAUGUAAAUAAAAUAAAUGAAUUAUCUGGUUCUGCUGGGA